GCCCGCUCCAAUAACCAGUGACAAGGUGUUGGACUCUGGCCACGGCGCAACGUCUCGGCCGUCCCUUCCAGUCCGAGCAGAGGCAGUGGGCUCCGGGUGCCGAUCCGAAUCCGGUUUCGGGUUCUUCAGCUGCCGAGGUCAGUACGGGCGGGGAGCCAGCAAGUGAGCAGCAUGUCGGCGAACGGGACGAACGGCCCUGGCCACAGCCACCCGAAGGUGCUGACCCUGGGCUCGAUGAACCAGCAGGUGAAGAAGGUGCAGUAUGCCGUGCGGGGUUCCAUCGUGCUGCGGGCAGCAGCCAUCGAGAAGGAGCUGCAACAGGGUGUCAAAAAACCUUUCUCGGAAGUGAUCAGAGCCAACAUUGGGGAUGCACAUGCCAUGGGUCAGAAGCCCAUUACCUUCAUCCGACAGGUCCUGGCCAUCUGCACCUACCCUCAGCUCCUGUGUGAUCCUGAACUACCUGAAGAUGCCAAGUCAAGGGCAAGGAGAAUCCUCGACAGCUGUGGGGGAAACAGCAUGGGUGCCUACACCGCGAGCCAGGGCAUCGAGGCCAUUCGGCAGAGUGUGGCCAAGUAUAUCGAGAGACGGGACGGCGGAAUCCCAUCAAACCCGGACGACAUCUUCCUCUCAACGGGGGCCAGUGAUGCCAUCAUGACCACCCUGAAGCUGCUGGUGUGGGGCGAGGGGCGACAGCGGACAGGGGUGAUGAUCCCCAUUCCCCAGUACCCCCUGUACUCGGCUGCGAUCUCCGACCUGGCUGCCGUGCAGGUCAACUACUACCUGGACGAGGAGAACUGCUGGGCGCUGAACAUCGGGGAGCUGCGCCGGGCACUGCACGAAGCCCGGCAGCACUGCACGCCCAGGGUGCUGUGCACCAUCAACCCUGGCAACCCCACAGGCCAGGUACAGAGUCGGCAGGUGAUAGAAGAAGUGAUCCGAUUCGCCGCUGAGGAGAAGCUGUUCCUAAUGGCAGACGAGGUGUAUCAGGACAAUGUCUAUGCUGCUGGCUGCCACUUCCACUCAUUUAAAAAGGUGCUCUUCGAGAUGGGACCCCAGUUCUCUGACGUGGUAGAGUUGGCUUCCUUCCACUCUGUCUCCAAGGGUUACAUGGGGGAGUGUGGUUACCGUGGCGGUUAUGUGGAGUACGUGAACCUGGACCCUGGCGUGAAGGCGGAGUUGGUGAAACUGGUGUCGGUGAGACUGUGUCCCCCCGUGAGUGGGCAGGCCGUCAUGGGAGUGAUCACCGAUCCUCCCCAGCCUGGGGAGCCCUCGCACCAAACCUUCCUGAAGGAGAAGACCACUGUGCUGAAUUCCUUGGCAGAGAGGGCCCGUCUAACAGAAGAGAUACUCAGCGGGGUCCCCGGAAUCCGCUGUAACCCCGUGCAAGGAGCCAUGUACUCGUUUCCCCGUAUCGACAUCCCACCCAAGGCCAUGGAGGCAGCAAAGGCCGCUGGACACCCGCCCGACAUGUUCUUCUGUAUGCAGUUGCUGGAGGAGACGGGGAUCUGCAUUGUUCCCGGCAGUGGUUUUGGACAGGCGGAGGGGACAUACCACUUCAGGAUGACCAUCCUGCCCCAGACGGACAAACUGAAGGCCCUCCUCGGCAAACUCAAGUGCUUCUACCAGAAGUUCUGCCAACAAUAUGCGUAGACACGGCUGCUCACUCACUGGCCGCGAUCCUCCGGACCCAACAUCGACACUGAGUAUAACAGACCAACAGCACACCCUCAUGGACUGGAUGGAAGUGGAGAUCACCACGGAGAUCGGAUCGGACCUUACAGUGUGGCUGAGAUGGCGGGGGGCAGGGGCUGCUUUUUAAUGAGGGCGGAUUGAACUGCACUGAAGGGAUGGAGUAGAUUUUAUGCACAAUUGGGGUAGAAGUUCUCCAAACAACCUCAAAGCCGUGUAUCGGUGCAGUGGCUACUCCUGUUCCCCUCCCUGAGGGGGUAGGUGCCGUUAGACGGGCCACAGACAGAGUUUACAGCGUCUGGUUCUCUCUGGUCCAAGUACACCUUAAAGUUCCCUCAUUCUGGACUCCAGGAACCAGCCACAGUACCGAUCCACCCAGUGCACUCCACCUUCCGAAACUCUGCAACCAUGGAAAUGUUAAUAAAUUAUCCAUCGCGUCCAAGGAGGCCUGUUGAAUUCGUUUGAAACUAGUUUUCACAUGGAAAGUAAAAAUCUACUCUUACAAUGCAGAAAUAGUCCCCUCAGUCCAUCUAGUCCAUACUGGCCCAGUCUGCCAAGUCCCCACUUGCCUGCACCCAGACCAUGGCCCUUCAUACCCCUCUCAUUCAUGAAUGUACCUAUCCAAACUUCUCAGGGUUGAAAUCAAACCCAUAUCCACCACUAGCAGCUCGUUCCACACUCUCACCACCCUCUAAGUGAAGAAGACCUCCAUCAGGUUCCCUUUAAACAUUUCACCUUUGUCUCUUAACUAUUUCUAGUGUCAUCUAACUCGUGGAAAAAGCCUGCUUGCAUUUACCCCAUCUAUGCCCCUCUUAAUUUUGAUUACCUCUAUCAAAUCUUCCCUCACUUUCCUUCACUCCAGGGAAUAAAGUUCUAGCCCAUUCAACCUUUAACUCAAGUCCUCAACUACCGGAAACAUCCAUGUAAACUUUCUCUGCACUCUUUCAAGUUUAUUAAUAUCUCUCCUGCCGGUAGGUGACCAGACUAUGCACAAUACUUCAAAUUCGACCUCACCAUCAUCUUAUAAAGCUUCACCAUUGCAUCCUAACUCAAAAUCAGAAAAUCAGGUUUAUUAUCGUGGACACAAGUUGUGAAAGUUGUUGUAAUGCAACUGCAGUACAGUGCAAUACGUCAAAAGCACCAUGUUACAAUAAGAAAGGUAUAAAUAAAUAAGGAGCAAACAGGUCCUGCUGAAGAUCUCGACGCCAAAUGUUGACUGUACUCUUUUCCAUAGAUGCUGCCUGUCCUACUGAGUUAGGGACAGGCGGCAUUUUGCGUGUGUUGCUCAGAUUUCCAGCACCUGCAGAUGUUCUCUUGUUAGUGAAACAAACGGAUAGAUAGUUUGAGGACAGCAUGUGUUCAUGGGUUCAUUGUCUAUUUGGAAGUCUCUUGGUGAAGGGGGAGAAGCUGUUUCUGAAACAUUGAGUGUGUGUCUUCAGGUCCUGAACCUCCACUUUGAUGGUAACAAUGAGAAGAGGGCAUGUCCUGGGUGGUGGGGUCAUUUCACAAUGGAUGCCACUUUUUUGAAGCAUCACCUGUUCAAGGUGCCCAUGAUGGUGCUGUCUAAGAUUACAACCCUCUCCAGUCCUGAUCUCUCCAGUCUUGGCCCGAAAUGUCCACUGUACAUAGAUGCUGCUUGGCCUGCUGGGUUCCUCCCAGGAUGGGUCUUCAGAGAUGUUGACACCCAGAGUGUGAAACUGCUCACCCUUUCCACUGCUGACCCCUCGGUGCAGACUGCUGUGUGUUCUCCUGACUUCCCCUGCCUGAAAUGUACAAUCAGUUAAUGGCUUUUACUGACGUUGAGUGCAAGAUUGUUGUUGCGACAGCACUGAACCAGCUGACCUAUCUCAUUCCCUUACGCUCCCUCAGCACCGUCUGAAAUUCUGCUGACAACAGUUGUGUCAUCAGUGAAAAUAGAUGGCAUUUGAGCUAUGCCUAGCCACACAGUCAUGGGUGUACAGAGAGAGCCCUGAGCUAGGCAUCCUUGAAGUGCUGAUUGUCAGUGAGGAGGAAACGUUACCAACCCUCACUGACCAUGAUCUAUCAAUGACAAAGUCAAAGAUCCAGUUGCAGAGGGAAGUACAGAGCUACAAGUUUUGAAGGUUAGAACUCCUUAAUCUUUGACCAAUGAUUUGACCAGCAGCCGAUCUCGACAUCGGAAGUUUGGAGAGGAGGGGACUUCCACCAGGUCCACUGCCCGAGUAUAAAAGACAGCAGUGGUUGCCACAGCAAAAAAGAGCCCUGAAUCAUAGAAUCAUAGAAAGCUACAGCAUAUUACAGCCCUGCAGCCCACACUGUUGUGCCGACCAUGUAACCUGCCCUAGAAACUGCCUAGAAUUUCCCCAGUGCAUAGCCCUCUGUUUCUCUAAGCUCCAUGUACCUGUCUAAGAGGCUCUUAAAAGACGCUAUUGUGUCCACUGUACCACUAUCACUGGCAGUGCAUUCCACGCACCCACCACUCUCUAUAUGAAAAACUUAACUCUGACAUUCACAUUGUACCUACUUCCAAGCACAUUAAAACUAUGCCCCCUUGUGUUAGCCAUUUCAGCCCUGGGAAGAAGUCUCUGACUAUCCACAUGAUCAAUGCCUCUAACCACUUUAUACACCUCUAUCAGGUCACCUCUCAUCCUCUGUCACACCAAGAAGAAAAGGCCAAGUUCACUCAACCUAUUCUCAUAAGGCAUGCUCUCCAAUCCAGGCAACAUCCUCUGCACCCUUUCUAUGGUUCCCACAUCUUUCCUGUAGUGAACACAAUACUCCAAGUGGAGUCCAGCCAAGGUCUUAUAUAGCUGUAACACUACCUCACGGCUCUUGAACCCAACCCCAUAGCUGAUGAGGGCCAUCACACCAUACGCCUUCUUAACAGCAUUGUCAACUUGUGCAGCAGUUUUCAGUGUCCUGUGGUCAUGCUCUUUGGAAGAAAGGGUUGGCUAUUUUCUAAAUGGAGAGAAAAUACAAUAAACUGAGAUGUAAAGGGACUUGGGAGUCCUUGUGCAGGAUUCCAUCAAGGUUGAGUCUGUGGUGAGGAAGGCAACUGCAAUGUUAUCAUUCAUUUCAAUAGACAAUAGGUGCAGAAGUAGACCAUUCGGCCCUUCGAGCCUGCACCGCCAUUCUGAGAUCAUGGCUGAUCAUCUACUAUCAAUAUCCGGUUCCUGCCUUGUCCCCAUAACCCUUGAUUCCCCUAUCCAUAAGAUACCUAUCUAGCUCCUUCUUGAAAGCAUCCAGAGAAUUGGCCUCCACUGCCUUCUGAGGCAGUGCGUCCCACACCUCCACAACUCUCUGGGAGAAGAAGUUCCUCCUCAACUCUGUCCUAAAUGACCUACCCCUUAUUCUUAAACCAUGCCCUCUGGUACUGGACUUUCCCAGCAUCUGGAACAUAUUUCCUGCUUCUAUCUUGUCAAAUCUUUUAAUAAGCUUAUAUGUCUCAAUCAGAUCCCCCCUCAAUCUCCUUAAUUCCAGCGUGUACAAGCCCAGUCUCUCUAACCUCUCUGCGUAAGACAGUCCGGACAUCCCAGGAAUUAACCUAGUGAACCUACGCUGCACCUCCUUCACAGCCAGGAUGUCCUUCCUUAAGCCUGGAGACCAAAACUGCACACAAUACUCCAGGUGUGGUCUCACCAGGGCCCUGUACAAAUGCAAAAGGAUUUCCUUGCUCUUGUACUCAAUUCCCUUUGUAAUAAAGGCCAACAUUCCAUUAGCCUUCUUCACUACCUGCUGCACUUGCUCAUUCACCUUCAGAGACUGAUGAACAAGUACUCCUAGAUCUCUUUGUAUUUCUCCCUUACCUAACUCCACACCGUUCAGAUAAUAAUCUGCCUUCCUGUUCUUGCUCCCAAAGUGAAUAACCUCACACUUAUUCACAUUAAACGCCAUCUGCCAAGUUUCUGCCCACUCACCCAGCCUAUCCAAGUCACCUUGAAUUCUCCUAACAUCCUCAUCACAUGUCACACUGCCACCCAGCUUAGUAUCAUCAGAAAACUUGCUGAUGUUAUUCACAAUGCCUUCCUCUAAAUCAUUGACGUAAAUCAUAAACAGCUGUGGUCCCAAUACCGAGCCCUGUGGCACCCCACUAGUCACCACCUGCCAUUCCAAGAAACACCCAUUCACUGCUACCCUUUGCUUUCUAUCUGCCAACCAGUUUUCUAUCCAUGUCAAUAUCCUCCCCCCAAUGCCAUGAGCUCUGAUUUUACCCACCAAUCUCCUAUGUGGUACCUUAACAAAUGCCUUCUGAAAGUCAAGGUACACCACAUCCACUGGAUCUCCCGCGUCUAUCUUCCUGGUUACAUCCUCGAAAAACUCCAAUAGAUUAGUCAAGCAUGAUUUGCCCUUGGUAAAUCCAUGCUGGCUCGGCCCAAUCCUAUCACUGCUAUCAAGAUAUGCCGCUAUUUCAUCUUUAAUAAUGGACUCUAGCAUCUUCCCCACUACUGAUGUUAGGCUAACAGGGUGAUAGUUCUGUUUUCUCCCUCCCUCCUUUCUUAAAAAGUGGGAUAACAUUAGCCAUUCGCCAAUCCUGAGGAACUGAUCCUGAAUCUAAGGAACAUUGGAAAAUGAUCACCAAUGCAUCCGCAAUUUCCAGAGCCACCUCCUUUAGUACCCUAGGAUGCAGACCAUCCGGACCUGGGGAUUUGUUAGCCUUCAGUCCCAUCAGUCUACUCAUCACCGUUUCCUUCCUAAUGUCAAUCUGUUUCAGUUCCUCUGUUACCUUAUGUCCUUGGCCCAUCCAUACAUCUGGGAGAUUGCUUGUGUCUUCCCUAGUGAAGACAGAUCCAAAGUACUUAUUAAAUUCGUCUGCCAUUUCUCUGUUUCCCAUAACAAUUUCUCCCAAUUCUUCAAGGGCCCAACAUUGUUCUUAACUAUCUUCCUUUUCUUCACAUACCUAAAAAAACUUAUGCUAUCCUCCUUUAUAUUCCUAGCUAGCUUGCGUUCAUACCUCAUUUUUUCUCCCCGUAUUGCCUUUUUAGUUAAGUUCUGUUGCUCCUUAAAAAUUUCCCAAUCAUCCAUCUUCCCACUCACCUUAGCUCUGUUAUACUUCUUUUUUAAUGCUAUGCUAUCUCUGACUUCCUUUGUCAACCACUGUGGCCACUUCCCCCCUUUGAAUCCUUCCUUCUCCGGGGUAUGAACUGAUUUUGCACCUUGUGCAUUAUUCCCAAGAAUACCUGCCAUUGCUGUUCCACUGUCUUUUCUGCUCGGAUAUCCGACCAGUCAACUUUGGCCAGCUCCUCCCUCAUGGCUCCAUAGUCUCCUUUGUUCAACUGCAAUACUGACACUUCUGAUCUGCCCUUAUUCCUCUCAACUUGCAGAUAAAAACUUAUCAUAUUAUGGUCACUACCUCCUAAUGGCUCCCUUACUUCAAGAUCACUUAUCAAAUCCUGUUCAUUGCACAACACUAAAUCCAGAAUAGCCUUAUCCCUGUUCGACUCUCGUACAAGCUGCUCCAAAAAUGCAUCCCGUAGGCACUCCACAAACUCCCUAUCCUGGGGUCCAGUACCAACCUGAUUUUCCUAGUUCACCUGCAUGUUGAAAUCCCCCAUAACUACUGCGACAUUUCCUUUGCCACAUGCCAUUGUUAACUCCCUAUUCAACUUGCACCCAAUAUCCAUGCUACUGUUUGGGGGCCUGUAGAUAACACCUAUUAGGGUCUUUUUGCCCUUACUGUUCCUCAGUUCUAUCCACACUGACUCUACUUCUCCUGAUUCUAUGUCCCCCCUUGCAAGGGACUGAAUCUCAUUCCGCACCAACAGGGCCACCCCACCCCCUCUGCCCACUUUUCUGUCCCUUCGAUAGCACGUAUACCCUUGUAUAUUCAAUUCCCAGGUCUGAUCCCCCUGCAGCCAUGUCUCUGUUAUCCCAACAACAUCAUAGUUACCCAUUCACACCUGAGCUUCAAGCUCAUCUGCCUUAUUUCUGACACUUCGCGCAUUCAGAUAUAGAAUUUUUAACCCAUUUCUCCUCUCUCUGUUUAAAUCACUGCCUAUUUUGCAUAACCCAGCUCCCCGAACUCUCACCGGGCUAUACGCCCCUUGAAUUUUGUUGUCCUUCUUAAAUUUACUUACUCUUUCUGCACAUUUAACUCCAUGCUCCGUCAGACCAUCCCUCUGCACAUGUAUCCUCCUUAUCACUCGUUCCGCUCACCUUUCUCUACUUCACACUUAAUAUUCCGGAACCGUGUAGUCCCCACCUGUCCUUUAUACUUCAUCUCGCUAUCCUCUCUCACAUUCUGGAUCCCUGCCCCCUGCAAAUUUAGUUCAAACCCCCCCAAGCAGCACUAGCAAACUUUCCUGCAAGAAUGUUAGUACCCCUCCAGUUCAGGUGUAAAUGGUGUAAUCUGGAUUUCAAGAGGACUAGAAUAUAAAAGUAAGUUUAUUACACAGAAAGUGGUGACUGGUGAGUGCGUAGACUGGGCUUCCAACGACAGUAGUGGAGGCGGAUACGAUAGGGUCUUUUAAGAGACUCCUGGAUAGGUACAUGGAGCUUAGAAAAAUAGAGAGCUAUGAAUGGGUAAGCCUAGGUAACUUCUCAGGUAAGGACAUGUUCGGCACAGCUUUGUGGGCCAAAAGGCCUGUAUUGCGCUGUAGGUUUUCUAUGUUUCUAUCUCCUUUCAACUUUCCUCCUCUCUCCAUAAACCUAUUCCCUCUCGUACCUAACAUAUCCGCCCCAGGAAAAAGAUUCACCUAUUCUGCCUGUGCUUCUCUUCAGUCAGGUCUCCCCUCAGCAACACCGCACCCCCCCCCCACUCCAGAGAAAAGAACUCAACUUUCUCCAGGCUCUAACGCCUUCUAAUCCCAGCAGCAUCGCGGUGAACAUCUUCUGGAUGCUCUCCAAAACCUCCACAUCCAUUCCAUUUUGCAACUAAACAGUACUCCAAGUGUAACCUAACCAUCUAGAAUUCAAGUUCCAACUCUUAUACUGAGCACCCCAACCGAUGAAGACAAGUCUACUGUACGCCCUCUUUACCACCCAAUCUACCUGCAAGGCUACACUCAGGGAGAUGUGGAGUCAGACCCCAAGAUCCCUCUGCACCGCAACUCUCCUAAGGGUCCUGACAUGUAUUGGACUCUCUUUAUUGACCCGUCCUCCAGCUCCUCAAUUUUAUUUUUAACUAAAGUUAUUGACUCUCUGUGGCAAUAUUGUCUCACUCAGGUCAAUCAUUCCUGGGGUGGUUUGACAGUGUCUCAGGUAGAGUUAUUGUAUUUUACUUGGAGAUAACACAAGGAACAGCCCCUUCCAGCCCUUCAAGCAGCACGGCCAGCAGCCCUCGAAGUAACCCUCACCUAAUCACAGGACAAUUUACAAUGACCGGUAGGUCUUUAGAUUCUGAGAGGAACUUCACUACUGUGGUGCCCAAAUUUUAAAAUUUAGAGAUACAGCUUGGUAGUAGGCCCUUCAGUCCAACGAGUCUGUGCUGUCCGAUUACCCCCAUGUGACCACUUCACAGGCUAACCCACUAUCCAAUUACCCCCAUGUGACCACUACACCGACUAACCCACUGUCCAAUUACCCCCAUGUGACCACUACACCGACUAACCCACUGUCCAAUUACCCCCAUGUGACCACUACACCGACUAACCCACUGUCCAAUUACCCCCAUGUGACCACUACACCGACUAACCCAAUGUCCAAUUACUCCCAUGUGACCAAUUCACCGACUAACCCACCAUCCAAUUACCCCCAUGUGACCACUUUACCGACUAACCCACUAUCCAAUUAUCCCCAUAUGACCACUUCACCAACUAACUCACUGUCCAAUUACCCCCAUGUGACCACUUCACCGACUAACCCACUGUCCAAUUACCCCCAUAUGACCACUUCACCGACUAACCCACUGUCCAAUGACCCCCAUAUGACCACUUCACCGACUAACCCACCGUCCAAUUACCCCCAGUGACCACUUCACCGACUAACCCACUGUCCAAUUACCCCCAGUGACCACUUCACCGACUAACCCACUGUCCAAUUACCCCCAGUGACCACUUCACCGACUAACCCACUGUCCAAUUACCCCCAUGUGACCACUUUACCGACUAACCCACUGUCCAAUUACCCCCAGUGACCACUUCACCGAAUAACCCACCAUCCAAUUACCCCCAUGUGACCACUUUACCGACUAACCCACUAUCCAAUUAUCCCCAUAUGAUCACUUCACCGACUAACCCACUGUCCAAUUACCCCCAUGUGACCACUUCACCGACUAACCCACUGUCCAAUUACCCCCAUGUGACCACUUCACCGACUAACCCACUGUCCAAUUACCCCCAGUGACCACUUCACCGACUAACCCACUGUCCAAUUACUCCCAUGUGACCAAUUCACCGACUAACCCACCGUCCAAUGACCCCCAUGUGACCACUUCACCGACUAACCCACUGUCCAAUUACCCCCAUAUGACCACUUCACCGACCAACCCAGUGUCCAAUUACCCCCAUGUGACCACUUCACCGACUAACCCACUGUCCAAUUACCCCCAUAUGACCACUUCACCGACCAACCCAGUGUCCAAUUACCCCAUGUGACCACUUCACCGACUAACCCACUGUCCAAUUACCCCCAGUGACCACUUCACCGACUAACCCACUGUCCAAUUACCCCCAGUGACCACUUCACCGACUAACCCACCAUCCAAUUACCCCCAUGUGACCACUUCACCGACUAACCCACUGUCCAAUUACCCCCAUGUGACCACUUUACCGACUAACCCAGUGUCCAAUUACCCCCAGUGACCACUUCACCGACUAACCCACUGUCCAAUUACCCCCAUGUGACCACUUCACCGACUCACCCACUGUCCAAUUACUCCCAGUGACCACUUCACCGACUAACCCACUGUCCGAUUACCCCCAUGUGACCAAUUCACCGACUAACCCACUGUCCAAUUACCCCCAUGUGACCACUACGUUGUUGUGAAGGGGAGGUGUGAUGGGAUGGAGACUGGUUGAAGACCUGAUGCCAUAUGUUUUGCUGGGAUACAGACUAUCCAGACAGUGUUGGGCCUCACUCUGGGACUGGAGAUGGAUGGGGAUGGACAAUGAAUUAGUGUGGGAAUGGGGAGCAGAGUGACAUACAGUAUGAAGACAUCCCACCUCUCCCAGAAGUUUUGGGAGUCUCCCACAUAUUGAUAGCGGCUCCCUGAUGGCCAGAAAUUAUAUACAAUAUCCCGGAAAUUGAUGUUUUUGAGAGGGAGGGGGAGAGGGAGAGCGAGAAUCCUGACUGGUCUGUCUUCGUGCUAAGAGCGGUCCCCAACCACCGGGCCGCGAGAAAACGAUAUGAGUCACCUGCACCUUUCCUCAUUCCCUGUCACACCCACUGUUGAGCUUGAACUCACGUGAGGUCAUUACCCGCGCGUCAUCCAUGUCGGCACGGGAAGGAGAUCAACUCCUCAAGCUUACAAAUGACGGCGGGCUGAAAAGUAUGUUUGACAUAACAUCCCUGCCAGCAUUCUGGAUCAAAGUCAAUGCUGAAUACCUUGAGAUAGCCACGAAAGCACUGAAAACGUUGUUUCCAUUUCCAACAUCAUAUCUCUGUGAAGAAGGGUUUUCUGGAUUGAAUGCAAUGAAAAGUAGAUUGCAGAAUAGACUGGACAUAAGGAACCUCCUUUGAGUAUCGCUGUCUCCCAUCACCCCUCGAUGGCACCGUCUUGUUGCAGGGGAACAAGCCCAGGUCUCCCACCGAUUCAGCAAUAUUGGUGCGUUGCAAUGAUUUUAUAUGUUCAUAUGGGGAAAAUAUGUGCUGUGUGUUUAAUAUCCAAACGUUACUUAAAAUGUUAUGAUGCUAUUGACUUACUUAUAUAACCAUAUAACAAUUACAGCACAGAAAUAGGCGAUCUCGGCCCUUCUAGUCCGUGCCGAACGCUACUCUUACCUCGUCCCACCGACCUGCACUCAGCCCAUAACCCUCCAUUCCUUUCCUGUCUAUAUACCUAUCCAAUUUUUCUUUAAAUGAUAAUAUCGAAUCUGCCUCUGACACUUCUACUGGAAGUUCGUUCAACACUUACUUCAAGCUCCCCUGUCCUCCCCUGAUAAUUGACUUAUCACUAUAUUCAUGCGAGGAAAAUAUGCGCUGUGUGUUUAAUAUUAAAUUCAUUAGAUAAACCCUUUUAGAAAUGAAAUUGAGUGUAUUAGCCACUUAUAAGUGACACAGUUGAAUUAUCACCUAUACUCCAGUCGUGAUUACCACACAUCCCCUCUCCCCCCCUGUCGACCAGUCUGCAAAAAUAUUGUCAAUAUUAAACCGGUCCACAGUGCAAAAAAGUUUGGGGACCCCUGCAAGUAGACCUAUCAGUUUUCUCUGUGGGCGGGCUUUGCAGUCGACCUCAAAAAUAAUGACAGUGUUGCUCGCUGCACUGUUUGCAACAGUGACUUUUCUAUUGCCCAUGGUGGGUUAAAAUGUAAAAGACAUGUUGAGGUGAGUUUAACAGGUGUCAUUCGUUCAUUAACAUAGCUAACGUUAUUUAAACUAGCUGGCUGGCUGCUAAGGAGCUACUCUAUUGAUGUCCUACGUGAUGAGGCCAAACUCCCUGUAGACUUGCUUAAAGUUGUAAUAGAAUAAACAUGAUAUAUAAUAAACAUGAUAAUAUAAUAUAA